ACAUUUUUACAUUUUCCAUCUACACAACGAAGGAAUUUCCGUACAAUACCGCUACCCGAAAACUCUUUCAUCUCUUAUUCCCGAUAGACGGCAUACACACACGCACAGCAAAGGAAAAAAAAAGAAAAACAACAAAAUGACGUCAAACAGCGCUUUGUUGAACGCAGCACACGCCAUGCUCUCUUCCGACCUGUUGCCCAAUGUGAAUCUGUCUAGUUUUGAUAAACUAGUAACCGACGAUGAGUUGCGCGAUUUCCUAAAAUUAUACGAAAAAUAUAACUAUGCGAAACGUAAUUCCACACACGAACCGGAAUGCUAUGACUACUGCACGGGCGAAUUGUAUCGGAUGUUGCGCACCUACAAUGGUGUGCAUGGCUACGUGGCGUUGUUGAUUUGCAUAUUCGGCACAAUUGCAAACAUCCUAAACAUAAUCGUCCUAACCAAAAAGGAUAUGGCCAAAGCGCCCAUCAACAAAAUACUCAAAUGGCUGGCGAUAGCAGAUAUGUUUGUGAUGAUCGAGUACAUACCAUUCGCAUCCUACCAGUACAUCUACAUGAAACCAGGCGAGAAGGACUUCAGCUAUGCUUGGGCGGUGUUCAUCCUUUUUCAUAUGCAUUUUACCCAAGUCUUGCAUACGAUUUCCAUUGGACUGACGGUAACAUUGGCGAUAUGGCGUUAUGUGGCCAUAAGGCAUCCACAUGGACGAUUCGCAGCCUUCCUCUUGUCACAUUGCAAUGAAGCUAUUAUAUUCUCCUUCAUAGUUUCUCCGAUUGUCUGCUUUCCCACAUUGUUUGUGUUCAAGGUGGGCGAGAGUUAUGUGGACGAUAGUACGGAGCCGUUGUACCACGUCUACGCGGACAAGGAUACGCAUUUGUACAGAAUUAACUUUUGGAUUCAUUCGGUGAUUAUUAAGUUGUUGCCCUGCUGCAUACUAACGGUGAUUAGCUUCAUAUUGGUACGAGUACUGUGUGAGGCAUCGAAGCGUAAGCAAAAACUGAAGGAAUAUAACAAUCCGGGAAAAGGUGGCAGCGGCGUCAAUGGUGGCGGUAGCUGUGGCGGCGAAGUGCCACUGACGGAGCAACGACAUCCACAACGACCCCCAAAAUGUGAUCGCCGCACUGAUCGCACCACAAUGCUGUUGGUGGCCGUACUCAUACUCUUCCUGGUCACCGAAUUUCCACAGGGUAUACUAGGCCUGCUAUCGGGUGUUUUGGAGAAGUGCUUCUUCUUUGUUUGCUAUCCACCCUUCGGUGAAAUGAUGGAUCUGCUGGCACUCAUAAAUGCCGCGGUUGGCUUCGUACUCUAUGGCCUAAUGUCGAAACAAUUCCGCACAACAUUCAAAUCAUUAUUUUUCAAAAAGAAUUUCGGUAGCAUGGAAAUGACACGACUGACGCGGGUCACCACGACGUGUGUUUGACUCCGAUGUGGAGGGUCACCUUAACUGCUUUAAAUGCUGCAAGCGCUGUAGGGGCUGUGUUGACUGCUGAACAACUACUUGUGCAACUGUAUGCCGUCGGUAAGCUAAUGCUAACGCUGCUCGGCUCAUUAUAAUUCGUACGUAACGAUUCAGAUCAAAAUUCAGUUGUCCGCAUUAGUACUUAUAAAUUCGAAUUUAUAGAGAAUUAUUUUGUGUUGAAUGGUAGCGGUUUUUGAUGUUAUUGCAAUGCGCUGUGGUCGGCAGUGCCGGUGUUCCUUCUAUUACCCAACGUAUACUAGUUGGGUAGAGAGAAAAGAGAGAAGAGAGAAGUCUAGGGAUAUGCUCCUACUGAGGAGAGGAAUGUUAAAUGGAAGUGUAAGGGGAUUUUUCUCCACAAUUGAGACUGCGUGUUUACGGUCGAUUCUUUGUUUAGUUGUAAGUGAAAAGUAUGCUGUUAUAAAUUUUAGAUUAAAAUUUUUUAAAAUAAUUAUAAGCUUUUUUAUAAUCCCUAAUACAUAGCAGUAAGUGAGGUGUGGCAGUUGGAAUACUUUGCUAAGUAAAGGUUUAAAAUUUCGAAAUGAAUUUGUUAGUUAAGAAAAUUGUGAACUAUCGUAAAAUUAAAUUAAAUUGUAAGUAAAAAAUUCAUCAAUACAAAGUGCCAUUCGUUAAGAAAUCAAGAAGUGAAAAUAGUGUUUGUAUAUUUUACAUUUUUUUAAGUAAUUUUUCUAGCAUUAAGCGCAACAA